GCUGAUGUGGUGUAGAGUUGCAAGCUUCUAGAGUUUCUCUGAAAUGGAAAACCCUGUCUGUCAUCUGCUUGUUUUCCAGCUCACCACAGUUCUAUCAUCACCUGUGGCUUACAGAUUAACUCAGAAGAAGCAAAAAUGCAGAUCUGUCUGUGCAAGCUGCGCACCCAUCAGUGGUGUUUCCUGCUUUUCAAUGUUCUGCUUUUCCACGCCUUGCUGUUCGGGGCGGAUUUCGUGGAGGAGUACCUCCUGCAGCCCAAGCCGGGCAUUUACACUGACGCCAUGGUGGCUGGCGUAAGGGAGAAAGCAAGGAAAUUGGACCUGAGUGAUGCCAGGGAAAACAUUUCCUUUGAGUACUCCAUAGCAAACACUGAGGCCUGCAGAAACUCUGACCUCUUUCUUCUCACUCUGGUCUUCAGCUCUGCAGGGAACGUCUCCCAAAGAGACGCUGUGAGGAGGACGUGGGCAAAUCAAACUCUGAUUGAAGGCUUUCCAGUCAAGACUAUUUUUUUCUUAGAAUUGUCUGACACCAAUGCUGCACACCAGGAGCUCCAAAGUGAAUCUGAGCAUUAUGGAGAUGUGAUCCAGGCUCACUCUGGAACAGAAGCGUUUCCAAAAGAGAGAAUGGUGCUGGCUCUGCGCUGGGUCAUCACCUUCUGUCCUCUGGCACGAUUUGUUCUGCUGACCAAGGAUUCUGUGUUUGUCAACCUUCCAGCUCUUGGCAGCUACCUGCUCAGGCUCCACCGGCACCCUGAGGAUCUGUACCUAGGCAGAGUGAUUCAGGAAGACCAACCCAACAGGGACCCCAAGAGUCCCGGGUACCUGCCCCCCGCCCUGUACCCUGCCAAAUACCUACCUGAAUACUGCGAUGACACCGCCUAUGUGCUGUCCCAAGAUGUGGUCCGGAAGGUGUAUGUGGCAUCUGCAUCAGUCCCUGCGACGGUGUCCACGGAUGUUUUUGUGGGUCUCUGCGCUCAGAAGGCCGGUGUCUCCCCAACACACAGCGCCAGGUUCUCUGGAGACAAACACAUUCAUUACAACGCAUGCUGCUACCGGUACCUGUUCUGCUCUGCCGGGAUGAGGAGCCACGAGCUGGAGAGAAUCUGGAUGGAUCUUGAGCAGAGAGGUGGAAGAUGCUCACUUCUGAAGACGUAUUAUGGACUGGUGUACUGUAAAGCUCACACGUACUUAGAUAAACUCCUUAAUCCUCAUUGAAAAGCAAAAUUGAAAUAUAAGUAAAAAGGGCUUUAAUUUGGUGGAGCUCAAGUGUAUAAUAAUGUUUUGUUGAAUUGUGUAAAAGUGUCCUCUAAUAAGAUACUGUGUGACCUAAAGAGUAUAGUCCAUAUCAAUAAGCUAAUAAAAUGAUGAUUUCUGAUCACAUCUAUUCAUGUCUGAAUGAAAACUUAAAUGUAAUUUAUUUGUAGUUGAGAUAAACUUAGAGUUUCAGAGAAAUUGUAUUUUUUGUCUACAAAGUUUAACCAUAGUCUUGUGUUAGGGUCAGCACGGACCUGUUCCGGUUUUUAAUUGCAUCAAAAAAUCACUAAAAUUCAUUUAAUCCAUCAAAGCUUUUCGAUUAAAAAACUUCCAUUUUUGGUUUUUUAUUCUAAAAUUCUCUGGAUACAAUUAUGUCCAUUCUGGUGUUAGGGUCGGUUUUGACCCGACUUUAUAAAAUAACUUUAUAUAGCAAUAAUUAGAGCCAAUAAAUCUCGGGCAUGUCCAGACUCUUAAUUUAGCUUUCUAAUAUUUUUGGAAAAUGUAAAUGAUUUCUAUUGGUUUGAUUUGUUGUUCAUGUUCUAAUGUGUUUGGAUUAAAGUUCUA